CGUGCUCCAGUUUUGCGUUUUCUUUCCGGAGUAGCUGCUAAAAUUCAGCCAGGAACCAUGCUAGCAAACUUCCCCGUCGAUCAAUUUAAAACCUAGUGUUUCCCGUGUUUUUUCCCGAAAGAUGUGUUUUCCCUGAAGAGAGAAAGGGGGUAGAGGACGGAUAUUGUGUCCCUUCUGCGUAUAACGGAGAAGCACUACAAGAUGAUAGAACCAGAACUCCUGACCGAGGUACCCGCCGCAUUGAAGCGUCUCGCCAAGAUGGUGGUGAGGGGUUUCUACGGGGUGGAGCAUGCCUUGGCCCUGGAUGUGCUCAUUCGCAACCCAUGCGUCCGCGAGGAAGACAUGCUGGAGCUGCUCAAGUUUGACCGGAAACAACUGCGCUCUGUACUCAACACGCUGAAAGCUGACAAGUUCGUCAAGUGUCGAAUGAGAGUGGAGACUGCCCCGGAUGGCAAGGCAACUCGACACAACUACUAUUUCAUCAAUUACAGGGUUCUUGUGAACGUGGUCAAGUACAAACUGGAUCACAUGAGACGGCGUAUAGAGACGGAUGAACGCGACUCCACCAACCGGGCCUCAUUCCGAUGUCCCUGUUGCUUCUCCACUUUCACUGAUCUAGAAGCCAAUCAGCUGUUUGACCCCAUGACAGGUACGUUCCGUUGCACAUUCUGUCAGACAGAGGUAGAAGAGGAUGAAUCCGUGUGCCCUGAUGCUAGGACACUGGUGGCACGAUUUAAUGAACAGAUCGAGCCCAUCUAUGUGCUGCUGCGUGAGACCGAGGAUGUGAACUUGUCUCAUGAUCUGCUGGAGCCCGAACCCACAGAGAUCCCUGCCCUCAAGCAGAGUCGGGAGCGCAAUGCGGCGGCUGCUGCAAACGCUGCAAGUGGCCCCCACCGGGAAGCCUGGUCCAACAAAGGCUCAGUCUACGCUGACCUUUACACCCAAAAUGUUGUCAUCAAUAUGGAGGAUCAGGAUGACCCACAGAAGCAAGCGAGCGAGGGCACAGCAUCGAAGGACAGACCCGUCUGGUUGACCCAGAGCACAGUGCAAGGUGCUUACAGCGAGACGGACAUACUGAAGAAUCGGGGAGACAUUGCGACCGGGAUCCAAGAUGGAGCAAGUCAUCCUAGAGCUGGCCAGUCCGACGAAAACGAGGAGGUGAUGCGGGCCCUGCUCAUCCAUGAGAAGCGAGCCGUGGCAGGACCCGGUGGAGGCGGAGCAAACGCCGCCACCAGGGGGCUGGUGUCUGCCUCGGCCAAUGCCAGCGACUCGGAGAGCGACACCAGUGAGUCCGACGAAGAGAUGCCCUCUGCUCCUCCCCCUCACGUAGCUGCUGCUGCACCUCGACGAGCUGCGGAGGAGGAAGAGGACGAUGAUGACUUUGAGGAGGUGGGAGAUGAGCCGACAGUGAUGGUGGGAGGCCGGCCCUUCUCUUAUGGAGAGGUGAGCCAGAGGCCAGAGCUGGUAGAGCAGAUGUCUGCGCAGGAAAAAGAGGCCUACAUUGAAAUGGGGCAGAAACUCUUCCAAGACAUGUACUUUUGAAUUCUUACACUUAUUCUUUUGUUUUUUUUUCUCUUCUAAUACAUUUGCCUUCACCGUGCUGCCCCUUUAUAGUCGGGGCCUUGACACACUUACCAAGAUGCUGCUUCCCAAGUUAUUCCAUUCACUAUCAAUGUUCUUUCAAUGAACAAAGUGGACACACGAGCUUUGCCAGUGUGUCCUCAGAGGUCACUCCGUGUGAGGUGUUCAUUCCCAAGUAUUUUCGACAUCUUGCAAGCUAGCUACCUGCAUUUUGUGCCAAUAUGUCUUUCUUCAACAGCUGUUGAGAACAAAGCUGUCUUUUUGUUUUUCCCAGAAGAAAUUUAAGACAAAUAUCUGUCUCAGUUAUCAUCAAUGCUAUCUGGUGGGUCUGUGAAGAGGCAACCCAUAUUGAAAGCUUCAAGCUAUUGCUCAACAAAAAGAGCAAUGUGUUGUGACAUUUCAGUCUGAAAUACAUUUUUUUCCCUUGCA